GACUGGCAGGCAGCCGGUGGGUGGGGCAGUGGGCGGGGACGCAGGUGAGCCAGCAACAGGUAAGGUGGCCGGAGCUGGCAGAGGGCAGGCAAGGAAGGGGACCUCAGCGCUGGCCUCCACCCCUUCCCGGAGAGCAGACGGCCGGACGCCAAGAGGCCAGACCAGGAGCUGACGGCGAGCUGGGGCCAGGUGCCCGGGAGUGCCCUGGACAGGGCUGAGGCCAUGGCCCCACCGCUGGCUGCCAGCACCCCACUGCUGCAUGGCGAGUUCGGUUCCUACCCUGCCAGGGGCCCGCGUUUCGCCCUCACCCUGACGUCACAGGCCCUGCAUAUCCAGCGGCUGCGCCCCAAGCCCGAGGCGCGGCCCCGGGGUGGCCUGGUCCCACUGGCUGAGGUCUCAGGCUGCUGCACCCUGAGAAGCCGCAGCCCCUCAGACACAGGGGCCUACUUCUGCGUCUACACCUACCCUCAGGGCCGGCGAGGGGGCCGGCGAGGGGGCCGGCGCAGGGCCGCCCGCACCUUCCGAGCCGACGGGGCUGCCACCUACGAGGAGAACCGCACCGAGGCCCAACGCUGGGCCACUGCCCUCGUGUGUCUGCUCCGGGGACUGCCACUGCCUGGGAACGGGGAGAUCACCCCUGACCUCCUGCCUCGGCCAGCCCGGCUGCUCCUAUUGGUCAACCCGUUUGGGGGGCGUGGCCUGGCCUGGCAGUGGUGCAAGAGCCAUGUGCUGCCCAUGAUCUCCGAGGCGGGGCUGUCCUUCAAUCUCAUACAGACGGAGCGGCAGAACCAUGCCCGGGAGCUGGUCCAGGGGCUGAGCCUGGGCGAGUGGGAUGGCAUCAUCACGGUCUCGGGAGAUGGGCUGCUGUACGAGGUGCUCAAUGGGCUCCUGGACCGCCCCGACUGGGAGGAAGCCGUGAAGACGCCCGUGGGCAUCCUCCCCUGCGGGUCGGGCAAUGCGCUGGCUGGCGCCGUGAACCAGCGUGGGGGGUUUGCGCCGUGCCUGGGACUCGACCUGCUGCUCAACUGCUCCCUGCUGCUGUGCCGGGGCGGCAGCCAGCCACUGGACCUGCUCUCAGUGACACUGGCCUCCGGAACCCGCUGCUUCUCCUUCCUGUCGGUGGCCUGGGGCUUCGUGUCUGAUGUGGACAUCCAGAGCGAGCGCUUCCGGGCCCUGGGCAGUGCCCGCUUCACACUGGGCACAGUGCUGGGCCUGGCCACGCUGCACACCUACCGCGGCCGCCUCUCCUACCUCCCAGCCUCCACGGAGCCCCCCUCGCCCGGUCCCAGCCUGCCCCGCGCCAAGUCUGAGCUGGUCCUGGCCCCGGCCCCGGCCCCUCCCGCGGCCCACUCCCCAUUGCAUCGCUCUGUGUCCGACCUGCCCCUGCCCCUGCCCCAGCCGUCCGUGGCUUCCCCUGGCUCCCCGGAACCCCUGGCCAUUCUGUCCCUCAACGGGGGAGGCCCAGAGCUGGCUGGAGACUGGGGCGGGGCUGGGGAUGCUCCGCUGUCCCCAGACCCCCUGAUGCCCUCGCCCCCCAGCUUACCCAAGGCAGCUGUACUCUCCCCCAUCACUGAGGGGACCCCACAAAUGCCCGCGUCCUCUGGGCCCCCACAUCCUCCUGGCCCUGGCACCCCUGUAGCUGCCUGCAGGUGGGGCCCUCCUGACCACCUGCUGCCCCCAUUAGGCAGUCCACUGCCCCCAGACUGGGUGACGCUGGAGGGGGACUUUGUGCUCAUGCUGGCCAUCUCGCCCAGCCACCUGGGUGCCGACCUGGUGGCUGCGCCACACGCACGCUUUGAUGACGGCCUUGUGCACCUGCUGUGGGUGCGCAGCGGCGUCUCACGGGCCAUGUUGCUGCGUCUCUUCCUGGCCAUGGAGAAUGGUAGCCACUUAAGCCUGGGCUGUCCACAGCUGGGCUAUGCCACUGCCCGUGCCUUCCGUCUCGAGCCGCUCACACCUCGCGGUGUGCUGACAGUGGACGGGGAGCAGGUGGAGUACGGGCCGCUGCAGGCACAGAUGCACCCGGGCCUGGGCACACUGCUCACCGGACCCCCUGGCUGUCCCUCGCAGGAGCCCUAACCCUAACAGAGCUGGGAACCCGCCAGGGGCGGGGCCUACAUUCCAAGGGGGUGGAGCCUGAACUGGGGGCGCAGCCUGGCUGCUAAGAGGGCGGAAGCCCACGAGGGGCACCAACCCCAUCUCAGGAUUGUGCC